UGGAGCCUAUUUAGUCCACAAGUUGGAGAAUGUGGAGCUCUGAGAUUUGAAUUGGCUCACAUGAAUGUUUAAUUGUAAAUCUCAUGCCAGGUCAUAUCUGUCAAGCACCCUAUGUGUCCAAUGUUUUAGCAUAUAAUUUCCUCUGUAUAGUGUUAGAGAUAGGGAAAGAAUUCUUGAUCUAGCUCUCUUAAAGUCUUCAUUUCACUUAUUCUUUAUUACCCCGUUGUCAUAACAUUGGGUCAAUCUUAUUAAGUACCCACUGUAAGGGACAUUUAUCACAAGGAUCCGAAAGCAUCACGAUUUAAGAGAGAGUACACAACUACAAGAGCUCCAAGAAAGGAAUAAAGAAGGUCAGAUGAUGACAACUGUGUCCUCAGCAACCAGACCCCCGGAAUCAGUGACUUUUGAGGAUGUGGCUGUGUACUUCACCCAGAAGGAAUGGGCUAGUCUGAUGCCUGCUCAGAAGGCCUUGUACAGGGAUGUGAUGCUGGAAAACUAUGAGGCUGUGGCCUUCCUAGCACCAGCCACUUCCAAACCAGCUCUGAUCUCUCAGCUGGAGCAAGGGGUAGAGCCAAGCUUCAGCCAGGCACAGGGAGACCUAAGCAUGAGGGACAGGGGAGCGGGCCUCACAGGAUAUAUCUCAAAACUAAGAAGAUUUAGCUACUUAGCCAAAAUAACAUUAUCACAGACAAUAAAACUUAAAAUUCCUCAGAAUCAUCAGUGUUGGGAAGACAGGACAAAGGCUUAG